AACCCAAGGCUUUGGAACUCAAGAAGCGAGAGUUAGUUAACGGUGGUGGAAGGGCGGAUUGAGCUCUGAAAAAGCGCCGCGGUGGAGUAUUGCAGCGUCGGAUUCCGUGAUGGAAAAAUAAUUGUUGAUGAACAGAGGCACGGACAAACCCAGAAGAAAAUUUCGACCGUGGACUGGUCUCCGCUGGCGAAGAUCGGUCCUGCUCGGGAUUUGGACUUCGGUGUUCAUGCUGCAGAAACGAGACAGUAUCAGGGCUUCACGGAAAUAGCAGCCUGGGCUCCAAAGCCUUCACAGGAAGUGGGAUUCUGGACCGGAACGCUUGCUUCUCGAUAGAUCCGGAAUGCUGAGUCCUCCGUUGAAUAAACUCCCCGUGACCAUUUCCUCCUCCUCUUCCUCCCCUCCCCCUCCUCCUCACUUUCUGGUUCGUUCUCUCACACUACACAGUUUCAGCCUCGAAAUCUCGUUUGCAUUUUCCAAAAGGGUUUUCUACAGUGUAUAACUUGUGCUGUAUUUAACAAGUUAACAGGGCGUUUAAAUGUCUCUAUUAGAUGGCGUAAGUGAUUCAGAAGAGUUGUAACGAGUAGGUGAUGUUCGUCCUGGACAUGUAAGCUAUUUUGAAGUACUAUGACUAUCUUUGUCUGUGAGGAGUAGUAAUAUGAUACCUGAUUUGACGUAGGCUGUGGUUGUCAUCUUAUCCAUCCACACACUUUACUAUCUUUAGACACGGCGAUUUUCUUACGGGCUCCAGGAAAGAGUAUGCAUAUAUUAGCGUUUGAAGAGGAAAAGGCAAAGAAAUGCGUUCUAAAACGGCAGAGAUGCCGAAAGGCGAGAAUUCUGGUGGAACUCCCGCGGAACCACCCUUGAUUGAUUUCGGCAAUGAUGACCAUUCAUCUCCGUUUUGGUCUCAGCCCUCUCCUGAACAAGCUCAGGAUGUAGAUCCUUUCAGUUGGACCACCGACGAGCUUUUCAUUUCAGCGACACCCAAGAAUCCAUUCGGAUUUGAGGGGCUAUUUUCUGCUGCGCCAGUUUCAAAUGAUCCGUUUGAGCACUUGGCCAAUAUUAACUCUGUCAAUGGAUUUGCAGCACAAAAUUCCGCGCAGCACAAUUUGUCUCAGGGGUUUGGGGUGGGAAUUGAUUUACUUACAGGAGUACCUCCCGUCGCCACCCGACCUGGGGUAGGGGACGGAUGGGUUGGAUCUGGCUUUGAGGAACCUGUAGCCCCUUAUCGACCCAGUCAAUCCUUGGAUGCAAGAUUUCCUGCGAUCCCUAGUGAUGAUACUUUCCCUUUCGACAACAACCCCUUCAAGGCAGAGGUUUCAACAACCGCUGCUCCGCAGCUUUCACCUUUCUAUGAGGAAUUUUCCUUCAAGGAUGCUCUUUCAGAGGAGCUUCCUGUUGCAGAAUCACCGACUUUCGAGGACGUAGGGAAUGCGGUGGAUUGGACAUCAAUCACGGAAUCUGAAAGAAAAGGCUGGGCUCAUGAAGAUUGGGCUACACAAUCUCAGCAAAGAAGAGGUGAAACAAGUAGUCCAGAAAAUAUAGCAGAUUUGCAUAUUACGGAAAAGGAGUUUAAACGUCCAGUUUCUGGUCAGAAAAGUCAGAGAUCUGUCGUGUCGGUGACUGAAAAGGAUGGUCUAGUUUCAGCCAAAGCAACCGUUGCCCAGCCGACUCUUCCACCCAAAAAACCACCCCCCCAGCUACCUACACCAGAAUUAUCGCUUCCUACAAGACCUAGUGCAUCCAGUGCAAAGAGUGCAAGACUACCGCCCGAGUUUCUUGCUUCUGGAGGAGGAAGGGGUGUGUACCGGGCACCAUCAAGAGAUCUGUUUUAUGCAGGGAAUCCAGUAGCUCUGGAGCUUCGUCCCCGUCCACAUAAGGAGAUGAAUGAGUCAAUAAAGACGGCACUUUGUGCAGGUUCUUCUCUGUGGGCAGCUUUCGACCAUGGGCUGAAAGUCUGGGACAUAGAGGAUGCUUCCAGUGGUGGCAGCGAAGGUAGUAAUAAUUCACCGGGAGAUGAAGACGCUGCUGCGUACAUUCCUUUGGUUGUGAACUCAGGGGCCACUAUGUGUCUGGCUAUGGAUAAUGCCAAUCAGAUUAUCUGGUCUGGACACAGGGAUGGUAGAUUGAGAGCUUGGCCGUUGAAUAUCCGUGAUGGAGGCUCUCAAGGAAGAGAUCAAAUCCUGGAAUGGGAUGGACAUCAGGCACCGGUUACUGCAAUCACAAUCACAUCCUACGGAGAGCUCUGGACAGCAGCUGAGAAUGGACAAAUCAAGGCUUGGUCAUGUGAAGUAAUAUCUCGCGCUUUGCGAGGUGCUGCUGAGGAUUACCAGGGAGAAGCUGCUUCCUUGUCCAGAUCCUUUGUGCAGGUUCGAGGACCUUUGGCUGGUAAUAAUCCGUCACAGACAGAAGUGCGCAUUCUGGUGGCUGAUCAUUCAGCUGGGCGGGUUUGGUCUGCAGGGAUCUACUUCAUAACAAUCUGGGAUGCACGAACACGAGAACCACUCUCCUCUUUUGAAGCACAAUCAAACACUUCAAGCCAGGAGUUUGCACAGAACAACGAAGUUUUGGCAGAAGAAAAAGGGUUGCGAAAAGAAAAAGGAGUAGGCUGGUUGCAACGAUCUAGAAAUGCAUUUAUGGGUGCAGCUGAUGCUGUUCGUCGAGCAGCAGCAGAGAGAUUGGGCCAAGAAGAGGCUAGACGCCUGGAAACAUUGGCUGUCUCAGAGGAGGGUACUGUAUGGGGUGGUUUUGGUAAUGGUCAUCUCGUAAAAUGGGAUAGUGAAGGCACUCGCCAGCAGUGGGAGCCGCUGGCUGCAGUAGCAGUGAAGUGCUUGUUAGUUGUUGGGAGUCGCUUGUGGGUGGGAUAUGCCAAUGGAAAGAUCGAGGUGUUAAGCAGGAACCUCAAAUCCGAGGGAUGUUGGCCGGCACAGACUUCAUCUAUUGUACACAUGGCAAGGGGUGGAAACUACGUAUUUACACUUUCAGCAGAUGGAGGGAUCCGAGGGUGGCAUGUUGCAUCAUUAAGUCCUCUUGAUUCCCUGAUUCAAGAUGAGCUCUCCAAACGAACUGAUAAUUUCACUCAGAAGCGUCAACUUAGGAUAUUCGCUGGAACAUGGAAUGUGAGCCAAGAGAAAGCCACUUCUGGAUCCCUCCGUGCGUGGCUGGAAAAGUCAGCAGCUGAUGCCAGCUUGGUGUGUAUUGGGCUGCAAGAAAUGGAGAUGGGAGCAGGUUCUAUAGGAUUGGCUGCUGUGAAAGAGACGAUGGGAGUAGGGCUGCUGGAUAAAGGAAGUGCAAACGGUCAAUGGUGGCUAGAUAAAAUCGGAUCCAUCAUUGGUGAGGGCAAAGAUUUUGAACGGGUUGCAUCUCGACAGCUGGCUGGACUGCUUAUAGGGGUUUGGGUAAAGAAAAGCAUUCGACAGUUCGUUGGAGACUUUGAUGCUGCUGCUGUUGCUUGUGGAUUUGGGCGCACUUUUGGUAACAAAGGAGCAGUUGGUGUAAAAUUAUCUGCGUUUCGGAGGACGAUUUGUCUGGUGAAUAGCCAUUUUGCUGCACACAUGGAAAAAGUCAAUAGUAGAAACUCUGAUUUCGAGUAUUGCUACAAUCAGAUGGCUUUUGGGCCUAAACCAGUUCCUACGGCAGUUGGCGGUAAUGGGCUGUUGGCCCGUGGGGGCAGUCGAAAGCUCUCUUCCAGUACUGAAAUCCAAGAAAUUUUGAGAGAAGAAGGGAUGCCUUCGCUCGCGGAACAAGACUUUCAUUCAGAGAUGCCUAUGCCCGAGUUGUCAGAUACAGACAUUCUGGUGUGGUUUGGAGACUUCAACUACAGAAUUGAUACAACUUACGACCAAGCCAUUAAAUGGAUCAGUGAACAGCGCUACGAUAUGCUUCUAAUAAGGGAUCAGUUGAGGGUUGAAAUGACCAGUGGUAGGACAUUUCCUGGCAUGCGUGAAGCUGGCAUAACAUUUCCCCCGACAUACAAGUUUGAUCGUGGAUCACAAGUGUAUGAUACAAGUGAGAAAAAAAGAGUUCCGGCAUAUUGCGACCGGGUUGUCUUUCGUGACAGCUUUGAUGGUAGUGUCAGUGCUACAUCUACUUCACUCACUAAUCCUGCUCAAGCGACGUCAAUACGAUAUGACGCUUGUAUGGAGGCACUGGACAGUGAUCAUAAGCCUGUGCGAUGUGUCCUUGAUGUAGACCUAGCAGUAUUGGAUGAAGCCGCGAGGCGACGUGAAUUUGGUGACAUCUUGAAGAAUGAUGAAAAGGUGUUGAAUUUUUUGGAGCAAACCAAUGUUAUCCCUCAAACUAGGAUAGAUAAAAAUUUAAUUGUGCUUGGGAACUCAAAAUCAAGUCUCUCUGUUAUCAAUGAAAGCAAGCAGUCGUGGACAACCUACACGGUUCUUUGCGAAGGAUUAUACGUUGGCGAGGACUGCCCAUGUGGCAACCACAGAGCUAACAAGGGUGCCAACAGGGAAAAUAUGUUGAGGAGUGGCAAUGGAUUUCCCCUGUGGCUUCAGGUGCAACCGGCAGCUGGAAUAAUACGCCCCAACAGCAGCGUUACAAUCACUAUGGAGUACAGAGUGCCAGAUCAACAGAACAAUUUCAGUUGGAAGCGGUCCAACUCGCAGCCACGUUGGUGGAACGACGUCCAGAAGGACGAUUGUUUGAAACUGGUGCUCACCAUGUCAAGUUCGGCCUUGACUAAAGUGAACCAACAUCGUAUAUGUGUGAGAAAGCUUCGGUGAUUUGGAUGUAUACUGUACGUAGACAAGUUCUUUAGCGCCUUCAGCACAUAUUCUUCAAGCGCAGGUCUAUUAGUCUGCAGCUUCAAACCAAUUUUUUUUUUACCAGCAUUUCAGGGGCAUUGAGUAAUGCGAGGGUGCUGGCCACACGGUGCAGUAUUAUGCUGAUAGUUUAUUGGUAGAUAAACCUUAUUAAGAUACUUGUGAUUAUUCUUUUAAACUCGUGCAAUGGAGCUUCAGAAUGGUGGGUCGUCUUCAUACAAGUCCUUCGCAUUAUUUUUUCUUGAUAAAGAGGGUCUAUAUCUAAAUACCAGUGAGGGUAGAACUAGAGCAGGAUCAAUGUCUUCAUAGGACGGAACCGAAAGUACCUGCAGCGACACAGAAAUUUGCGACUUUCGCACAGCUAGUUUGCAGAUUCUCACCAUUUAUUGUAAGGAUUUACAAAUUCCACAUACUAACAGAAUCGGUUUCUUAAGGUA